UAUUUUCGCUGAGUUUAGUUACAUGUCUAUGAGCUCAGUAUCUUAGCUAACCUACACAGCUCUGAGUUUGGCUCCUCGCUGCUUAGCAUCGGGAUUGUAUUAUUUCUGUAACUACAUGUUUCAUUUCCGUUAAACAGAGAUUUUUGGAAAUCAACUUCAGCCCUGUCUGGACGACAUGGACGAGCCGGACACGGCAGCGAUCCUCCCUGAGGACCUCCUUAGCUCCUCUUCAACCGAUGACCCGCCUGCGGAGGCACCGGGCGCCACCUGCUCGGUGCCGCCGCCGCCGCGGACGUGUCGCGUCCCGGUGUCCGUGGAGCCGGUGCUCUUCCUCUCCAUGUUCUCCCUGGCUCUCCAGGCGCCUUUGUCCACCCAGUACCUUUGGGACCGAAUUAGCGAGGACCUCGGCUACAACGGCUCCAAGAGGGCGGAGUGCAGCAACGGCUCGGUGGAGCCAGACCCUCUGCAGAAGGAAGUUGAAACUCUGACAGCCCACUGGAACCUCUACAUUAACCUGGGGGGCUUCUCUGUGGGGCUCUUGGUGGUCCCACUCCUGGGCUCGUGGAGUGAUGUUGGAGGUCGGCGACCUGUCCUCAUCCUCCCUAACUUUGGCCUGGCCCUGCAGGCCGUGGUCUACCUUGUUGUCAUGUACCUCAAACUGCCUGUGGUCUACUUCCUGGUGGGUCGGCUGCUCAGUGGUCUCUCGGGGGAUUUUAACGCCAUCCUCGCUGGCUGCUUCUCAUACGUGGCAGACGUGAGUGAUAAUAAGUCCCGCACCUUCAGGGUGGCAGUUCUAGAAGCUUGUCUGGGUGUUUCUGGGAUGUUGGCCAGCAUCAUAGGAGGCCAGUGGCGGCGGGCACAAGGUUACAUUAAUCCAUUCUGGCUGGUCCUGGCCACCAACUUGGCCUCAGCUCUCUACGCCUACCUGUUCGUCCGAGAGUCCGUCCACCCGGACCCCAGCGCAAGGCUUUUCACGUCUCGCCACCAUAAAGCUGUCUGGCAGCUGUACUCCACAGGACGUGUGAGCGCUGAGGCUGGCAGGCCGCUCCACAGAAGCAAGCUGUGGCUCUACACGCUUUGCUUCUUCCUGGUGGUGACCGUUCACUUCGGCAGCAGAGAGCUGUACGUGCUGUACGAGCUGAGCUCCCCGCUGUGCUGGGGCUCAGCUCUCAUUGGCUGGGGCUCUGCAGCUCAGAACUUGGCCUACCUGAGCAGCCUGCUGGGGCUGAAGGUGAUGCAGCGCUGCCUGCAGGACUCCUGGAUCGCACUGGUGGGCCUGGCCUCAAAUAUGACUGGACUGGUGGUGUUCUCUGUGGCGAAUACCACCCAGCUUAUGUUCACAGGUUAUGGCCUGUGUUUCCUCUUCAUGGCUUCAACUCCGGUCCUCAGAUCCAAGCUGUCCAAACUGGUGGAUCCAUCAGAACAAGGGGCCCUGUUUGCCUCUGUCGCCUGUGUGGAGAGCUUAUGUUACCUCGUAGGCAGCAGCAUCUUCAACUCCCUCUAUCCAGCCUCGCUACAUUUCAUGAAGGGCUUUCCAUUCUUGUUUGCUGCCUUCAUUCUCUUCAUCCCUGCUGGAAUAAUUGGAGCUCUGCAGUGUUUGGACCAGCGCAGGGAACACAGGGACUCUUCAUUAUCCUAAAGCUGGUCUUGAUGCUUAUUAGGGCGGAAAACAGCCCAGAAAGAGGGGCAACAUGGAAACUGCCCCAUGACUCCAAAUGAUGAAGUAAACUCCUCAUUCCAACAAAAAGCCUCACCGUCACAAUGUCCACAAAUGAAGAUUUGAUUCACUUAUUUUAAAUGAUUUUUUGUACUCUUUGGAUCUGUCUAAUGUUUUUUAUUUUAAUUUAUUAACUGUAAUAGUGGCUGCAGUGUCACUGCAGCGCACUGCUAAAUGCUUUUUUUAUUCAUUUGUUGAAAUAUUUAAUAAUAUUCACCUAAAUCAGGUGUGAUUUCUGAUUCUAUCAGCCUUAAGACACUUCUGCUCAACCAGGAGCUGACUUUUGUAAAAGAAACUGAAAAUCUUAAGUAUUUUUAAAAGAUAAUAUUUAAACUAGUUUUAGAUCAGGAAAACUUUUCUAUAAAAGCAAAGGAUAUAUUUACUUCAGUAGUUUUUU